AUGUAAACAAUGCUAUAUGGAGUUGAAGAAAGACCUAAAUUUAAAGUAUAUUAAAGAAUAUAUCAAAUUAGAUGGAUGGCUCAUUUUACUUUAUUUUGCAUUUAAUCAAUCAUUUUCAAUAUUUAUCUAUCAUAGUAAAUGCAAAUUAGAAUAAACAUUAUAGUGACUUUAAAUUAGCCUAUUCACAAAGCUUUUUAGAAUUUUUCAUUUUAAAUAACACAUUGAAAUCUUCUAUGACAUCAAAUCUGGCAUUUGUUAUUAUUGUAAUCUCAUUUGCCUCUCAAUUGAUACUUAUUUUAUUUUUGAUGUUUUCCACAUUCAUUAGAAUAUGGACUUCUAAUCUAAUAAGAAGAGAUAUCACAGGAAGUGAUAACAUGAAUUCACAAAUAUAAUAAUGGGUCAUGAGUUUUAAUGAAACUCUUCAUUGGUAUUUUGUCCUAUAUCCUGUAAUAUAUCUAUAAAUUGCAGUCAUUUCCUUUAGUUCCCUUACUUGCAAUUCUGUAAGCAUUUUCCCAAAAUCAGAAUGUGAUAUAGGAAUUGGCACUCAGAUACUAGCCAUUACUCCAUUAGUUAUUUCUUAUAUAAAUGGAUAGAUAUUGAUUUAUAUAAUGAGAAAUCAUAGAUUUCAUGAGCCUAAUUCCUUAAAAAGAAGAUAUUCUUCCUUAUUAUUGUUAAAUAACACAGUAAUUCUAAUAGAGAUUUUUUCACAUUAUAUUUAUGAUGUAAAAUCAUAUCAUUUAAAUAAUAGUUUGAAGUUGCUCAUAUUUUGAAAUAUUCUAUGGCAAAUUUAUUUGCUAUAAAUUAAAUUGUAGAUCAAUUAACUAAUUUCCCUUAUAGAGAUCCUCUACGUAUACCAUCUAUUCGAUUGGCAUUUGUAUAUGCUUGGAUAGUGAUGUCUGUUACUGCAUUCAAAUUUGAUUUGCUUGCAGAAGAGAAUCUAUUCUUUUUUAUUAUCUUACCUUUGCCAGGAUUAGCAAUAGUUGGAGAAACCUUAUCAUCUUUAUUUUAAAAUCAUGCCAUAUUAAAUUACAAUUCCAGUAUUUAGAUUGAAGAAAAACAUAUAAUUAUUGCAGUAGAUUAAUUUUAUAAAUACCAUAUUGAUUAUUUAAAAGUAUAGAUAUAUGGAAUUAAUUUUAGGACCCUUAUGCUUAAUUAUAAUAUUUUUAGUUUUUAAUGAUACAUCGUUUGUAUUGUAAAAACAAUAAGUGCUACUCCAAGGUCAAACGCUUUGAGACAUUAAAUGUUGAUUAGAAAAAGGAUCUUAAUAUACUCACUCUGAGUAUUAUCAAAUGUAUAUUUAAGGCAGCCCAAAACUGGCUGUUUUCUAUGUACUCUUUAUAUUAAUAAAAUAGUCAUAAUCUAAAUGCAGAUUUAUAAUUUGAGCAGUUGUAAUUAUAGUAUAUUAGUUUUGUUUCUGAAAUUGCUCAAAAGCCAUUAAUAGGAUAUUUAGAAUUAAGACAAUAUUAAAAUAAUAAAUUGAAUAAUAAUUCUAUGUAUUUUGUUGAGAUUACUAAUAAAUUGGCAGAUUAAUUAAAAAAAUAAAUUACAGAUAAUUAAGUGAGACAAAAUUCAAAGGCUAUUCUAGUCCAUGAACAAAGAACAUAAUUAAUUGAAAUUUCAUUGACAUAAUAAUGGUAAACUCAAAAUUUGUAUGAAAAUUUAUUAUAAACAUUUAUAAAUUUGGUAGAUUAAAAAAUAGAACAUUGGUAAAAUUUAAUAAAUGGAUAUCCUAGUUUGAAUCCAUUUUAAUAAAAUACAUAAAAAUUAUGUGAAAAAAUCAUGAAUGUAAUGUAUGGAAAUAUGAUUAGCUUAGGAUUGCAUUGGAUAAAUAUAUAGGAGUACCUUAGGAAUGGUUUGAUAUGAAAUCAACCACAACUAAAGGUAUUUCUGUAAAAAAACUAAAUCAUGCUCAACUAAAUAUUAAUGUAAUAACAUUAAAAUUAUAUUCCUUGUUUUAUUCCUUAGUAAUGAAUGAUUUUGACAGAGUAAUAUUGAGAUCUAAAUUAGUCUGUAUACGUCGAACAAUAUGUGAAGGAUUUAACAUCAAAUGAUAGAUAAAAAGAAUUAGAUAUAAUAGAUAAUAUAUCUCUUUAUAAUGAUUCCACUACAAUUAUAUUGGUUAGUAUUGUUAAGAAUAAAGGAAAGAUAGUCAACAAAAAUUAAUUAGCAUUAGCUAAUUUUUUUCAUUAUGUUGAUGCAAAUGAUUUUAAAGAAUCAGUUUCUUCAGUCCAUAAUUUAUUACCAAAAACUAUGAUGAAAGGUCAUGAAUAUUUAAUAGAUGCUUUCAUUUAAAAAGGACAUAGUGAAUAUUUUAUUCGUAAAAUUUCUGGAUAUUAUGAAAACAAAAAAGGAUUUAUUGAAAAAUGUUAUGUAAAAUUAGGGAAUUUGUUUGAGGAAUUAGAUGAUUAUGUUAUUACAGCAUCCAUCCUAAAAUGUAAUAUAUCUAACUAAAUUAUUAUGGUUGAUGCAGAAGGUAAAAUUAUAGGGAUUAGUGAAGAACUCUAUAAAACAAUUAGUGCUAAAGUUCCUAAUAUAAAUAUUGAGUUUUUCAAAGAAUUUUGUCAUUUAUUUCUUAUUUUUCCAUCAUUCUUAUCUAUUUUGAAUCAAAAUAUAAAUAAAAUUAAUGAAUUAGAUCAUUAAUUUAUUGAUGAUGAAGAACAUUUAUUUUAUAUACCUUCUAAUUUAGUUGAAUUAAAUUCUUUAUUUGUAAGAGAAUCAUAUGAAAAAAUUGGGAAUACACUUUAAGAAGGAUUGGAAAGUUAAAAUUUAAGUUCUUGGAGAUCUUGGAAAUCUGUAUAAAAAUCAAUGAACAGUGAGCAUUCCAUAGGGUUUGAUAGAGGAAAUACAACAAUAUUAGGAGAGAAGAUUCCAAUUGCUGAUAAAUCUAAUAUUAACUUUCAUUUUUAAUUUAUGAAUUAACAUAAAGAUUAAUUAGAAAAGGUAUGAAAUUAUAUCUAAAUUUUUAAGUACACAAUAAUAAGAACAAAAAUUAAAAUGUCUUAUUAAAUGAUGAAAGUAAAAAGAUAUUGUUAUCCAUAUUUCAUUAUUGAAUUAGAACAUAUGAAUGAGAUUAACCCUUAACAUAAGUUUUAUAAUAGAUAUCCAACUAUGGGAUAAAAUUUUGAGGCUUCUACAACUAUGUUUACUUCUGCUUUAAAUCAUAAAUCAUUAAAUGAAACAGUACCAUCAAGUGCAGAUAAAUCUAUUUAUGAUAAUAAACCAGUUAGUUUUUAACCAGAUAAAGCUGUCUUUGAAUCAUCAAAUAAUUAACCAAUUAAUAAAUCUUCAAAAAUUAAUGAAGAAAAAAUAAAAUAAUUAAUAUAAUAAGAUGAUAGUAAUAUCUUAUUUGGAAAUGACCAUUCUUAAAUUAGAUUGUUUGAUAAACCAAGUGCUAUUGAAAUUUAAGAUGUUUCAGCUCCACCAUCAGAGAUUAUGUUACCAUAAAAUCCUUAUAGACCACAUUUUAGUGGUAUACCUUUACAAGUAGAUUAGGAUAAUGAUUCAGAUGAAUUUUUUUAACUUCAUAAGUAAUUUGAUGUAAUAUAUAAAUAUAAUUUUAGGAAAAAUCUUAUAAAGUAGAAGAAAAAUAAUUAUAAAAAGAAAAAUCGAGUGAUGAUUUUAAAGAUAAAGAUGAAUCAUAAUAAGAAAUAGAAGAUAAUCUUGAAAGACAUUCUUCAAACUAAAAUUUUAAUAAGAAAAAUUUUAUUUAAUUGUUAGUUGAAAAUAAAAAACUUUAAUAAGAGUAUUUUAACAGUUUAAUAAUUUUAUUAGAAAUCAAAAUGAUAAUGAAGAAGAGGAAAAGAAAAAAAGAUCAAUAGCAAGUUCAUCAAGAACAAGUACCUCCAAAUCACCUUCCUUACUUGUUCGAUCCUUAUAUUAAGUAAGUACAUUUGGAGGAGGACUUAAAUCUGUCAUAUUUGCAAUUUUAUUGUAUCUUCUUUUACAAUUCUGCCUAGUAUUUGUUAAACUUAGCAUCAUUUAAAGUAAAUUUCAUGAAUAAUUUAGAUAAUUAUGACAUAUUAUAAACUAAUAUUAAUUAUGUUACUUAUCCAGAAACUUUAAAUUUCUAUUUCUAAAAAAUUGCCUUUUUUGCAUGGAUUAGUCUAUAAGAAAGACUUGACAUAAUAUAAUAUAGUGAAUUCAUUAAAAAAUAAUAAUUAGAAGAAUUGGCAGCUACUAGAGCAAUUAUGGAUGUAAAAUUAAAUGAUUUGUACUAAGGAAUUAUAUAAUUUGAAGAAUAAAUUAUGACUGAUGAACUUAGAUUAAUAAGCAUUAAUGACUUAUCAUUUUCAGAAUAAUAACUUGAUCUAACUUAAUUGAUUUAAUAAAUUUAGUUGCAUUCAUUUAGUUAUAUUGAUAAUGCUUAAGAAGGUGUAAUAUUUUCUGAUAGCAUGUUUUUUAGAUUAAAUGUACCUUAUGUUUACAAAUUUGCUUAUAAAUAUAUUACUUUACUUAAUGAAAAUUUAGUUUAUUAUGAAGAUAGAAUCAUAAAUGAUAUAGUAAUUUUAACAAUGACUUUUAUAUCUGUGAAUAGUUGUAUUAUAUUGUAUAUACUUUAUAAUACAUUUUUAUUGACACAAUAUGAGAGAUAGAUUUUGAUGCUUAUUACAAGGGUAUCUCAUAAAACAGCUGAAGAAAUCAUGUCAAAAUUAAGUGAUUUGAAAACUAUUUUAAUUGAACCUUCAUAACUUUUAUGGAAAAGAGUGAAUUAUUUUGAAGUAAAUUAUGAACAAGUCUAAUAAAAUUAAUAAGUAGUAAAUCUUUUAUUUGCAAAAUCAGUUAAAACAUAAUCAGUUACAAAAUCAAAUGAAAUAUCUGGAUUAAAAUCAAAAAUAAAAUCAAAAAGGUCAUAUUAGAGCAACUCAUUAGCAUAAAGAAUUUAUGAUUUAACUUUAAGUUAUCCUUCAAAUCUUAUAUUUCUUUUUUUCCUUUGGUUUCUGGCUAUUUUAUUUAUUAUAGGAGGAAUUUUAGUAACUAUAAGUCAAGUUUCUGAUAUUAAACCAACAUUAAAUCUUAAUUUAUAAUUGAUUCGCUUUAAACUUAGAUUUGACACAUUGAUAGUAUUGGGAGAAUGUUUAAAAACUUAAUAAGUUAUAAGUGAUUAAUUAAAGGAAAAAUUCUAAAAUAUUAAUAUUGAUAUGAAUAAUUAAGUAAUAAUAGAUCUCUUUACUGAAUAAACAGAUGGAUUUUAGGAUGCUAUGAGAAGUAUAUAUGAUUCCCUUGCUAGUUAAUCUGGACUUUUAGAAGCUCAAAAGAAAGAACUAUUGAUGUAUUUUGAGGAUAGUCUCUGUAAUUAUAUGAGUGAAGAGAUACCAUUCUGUAAUAUUAGAGUAUCAAAUCAAAAUUUUUCUGUUCCUGAUUCCUUCAAAACAACAUAUGGUAAUCCAUGGUUAGAAGAUAAUAAUUUUGAUUUUUUAUCUGGAGGUAUAACUGGAUGUGUUUAAGAAUUUACAAAGACUUUAAAUUUGUAUUUCUCAAAGGAAAUUUAAUCAAAAGAAAUGUAAGUAAAAACUAUAUAAGAAACAGUAUCAUUUUUGAAAACACAAAUUCAUAUUAAUUAAUUUGUAGAAUAUUAUCUUGACUCUGGAAAGUUAUUAUAAAUUAUAGGAGAUAAUUUAUUCGAAUAAAAUUAAUCAAAAUUAUAAUAAGCCACUACAAUUAUGCAAUUAUACAUUUAUAUUACAGGACUUGGUUUGUUGAUUAUUCUAGGUUCUAUCUCAUAUUUUUGGUUAAAAUAUGUUAGUGCAAGAAUGAAGUUAAUGAGAUUAAGUUUGACUCUAAUACCAUAUGAAAUCUUAUUAGAGCCAAAGACAAUGAGUUCUUUAAAAUAAUUAUGA